CGGUGACAAACUUUCCUCUGUGCCAGGGAACCUCUGAGCCGGACUCCCCACGGCACUGGAACAAUCCCAGUGCUUAGAGUCUCUGUUCUCAUGCGGCACCAAACAGGUUCUGAGUCAUGACGUAUUUAUUGACAACCCCGUGCGAGUUUUCGCACGAGCGCACUAGCAGUUCGGUAAUGUACCUCUUGGUCAGUUAAACCUCCCCUUGCACCUCUGUCACUGCGUCUAUUAGAUCUUUUCUCUCUGCUGUUGGAAUCAUCGGACCUGUCCGUUUGGAGAGCGCAAUUCAAUUUGGAUUUUUCACCUUUCCUGACAGAUUUGGAAAAGUUUUACCUCAGUUAUUCCAGAAGCACUGUUUCAGCAUGGGGCGAGUCUGUCACCGAGAGCUCGCACUCCUGUCGCUGCUUGGAUACUUGGCUUGCCUGACGCGCGCGGACGUCUCUCCAUUAGGACGUGUGUUCUUACUGGAAUUGGAGAGUUUUUCAAAAGGUGGACAGGAGAAAGGGUUCGAGGCAGCAACACAUGCCUGUGUGGCUCAAGGGGCCCGGGUGGCAUCCAGGGCCGACCUGCAUCAUGCAGUGUUGGAAUGUGCCUUCUCAGCCUGCACGCAUGGUUGGCUCUCCGGGCCGAGCAUUGGGACUACAGUAUGCAGCGGCGUCCCGGGGAGUUUGAGGCCAGUUGAUGUGCAGUUGCAGAAUUUAACUGCGGACACCGAGAGACUGGGCGUGUUCUGUGUGAAAGAGAGCGAUGCUCCAUGUGGGCAGCCACCUUCAUUCCCAAACUCACAUCUGCAGGGGAAAAGUGGGCUCCACCUAGGGGGUGAACUUCUGUAUGCCUGUGACCCAGGACACAAACUGCCCAAUGGAGAUACAGCCUUCAGCCUGCUUUGCGACAGUUGUGGAGAAUGGUACGGCCUGGUGCAGCAUUGCAUCAAAGAUGAUCCUGAAGGCCACAUCGACUAUGAAGAUAAGUUCACAGAUGGCUAUCUUCUUGAGAAUCCGAGGGAGGAGCAUCAUAUUUCUUUGAAUCCAGGAGGAACACAGUCCACUGAUCAUGAAGUAGAAUCCUCUCCUGAGCCUGAGCAGACAGUCAUAUCUGAGGAGGAGAAAGAGAAUGAUGAAGAUUUAACAGUAUCAGUAACUGAACCUCCAGUGUCUCUACUCAGUCAGAAGCACAUGUUCUGGUUCCCUUCAGAGGCCUUCAAGGAAGAGAAGGAGCAGCCGGGUAUCACCACUGAUUCUUCCUCUAUUAAAAUUCCCAAUGAAGACGAGAGCCACGUGACGGUCAAAACAACCUACAGCCAAUCUGGUCCUGACUUGAUCACAGAGGAAAGUGACUAUCCGACAGAUCCUCCCACCAGUGAACCUGCCAGUCCCAGUGUCGGCGGCACAGACGAGUCCUGGCUAGAUGGAUACCCUGUUACUCAGGAUGAAGAUAAAGCUGGAGGUGAGUCCACGGGGGAGGUGGGGCCAGAACAAGAUGCAGAGUCAGAAACAGAGACCUUGACUGGCCACUCGGAAGUAGAGGGGUUUGAGGAUUUAACCAAAAACCCUGUGGAAGAAGAGAAGAGUGGUUGGAUUGACAGCCCUGCGGAGGAAGAAGAAGGAGCAAUUAAAAAGGACACAAACCACAGAAAAGGAGACGAUGAGGAGCUUGGAAAAAGGACAACCAGACUUGAAAAGGUAGAGUCUGUUGUAGCACGUUAUGAGGAAACAACUGAAGGACUUUCAGAAGAUGAAAUGGGGAAAGAAACGUACACACCAGAGGAAACAGACUUGGGGUUUGAUGGUCUUACUGAUAGUCCAAAUGGUGUGGAGGUGAAGCCCACCACCUCCAUUACUCAGAUCACAACCAGUUCAGAUGAUAUUGCUGUACACAAGUGGCUCAUGCCACACACACCGGCUUCUGCUCCUGAAAAUGUGAGUGCCAGUCAAGGCGGGCUGGGCCCUAAGAAAGCAUCCACACCUUCUGGGAUGGUACAUCUGGAUGGUACACCUGAUUAUAUCACCAGCAUGCCCACUCCUGUUAUUAGGGAUCCAUGGGAAACCAUUGAUAACCACUUCCUGGAGCACAUUCCUGUUCAAGUCCCAACUGAAACCCCUGAAAAUCGGAGUGUGAUGGAACGUGGUGGAGAUCACAACCUGGAUCAACAGGACCAAGCUGGAGAGGCUGCUUGUGCAAAAGACCCAUGUCACGGUUCAGGCCGCGGGUCCAUGAUCGCAGCCAUUAUUAUUGGCAUCGUAGCAGUAGUAGUGGGUGUGGUCUUAGGGGUGUGGUGUUAUAAAAAGAGGCAACAGAAGAGCUCGCACUACCAGCUUAAUGGAACUAACAGGCAAACACAGAGCAUUGAAUUACAACAGACUGUGUGAGAUCGUAUCUAUCGCUCUAUCUAUCGUUCUAUAUUUCUAUCUAAUGCUAGUCUAUUGUUCUUUUCUUCUCAUGUUUUAUAUCAAAGCUUUCUCUAACUGACAUUCAAAGUUUAAA